AAAUGUAAACCCCUCUUUCAAUAAACCCUACUUCUCCUUCUCCCUCGAUUCACUGAAACCUGAGCAAGAAACAGAAAGAGAGAGAAAGGUGAUUAGCGGAGGAGACAGGAUCCAGUAUGGACAAGAACAUGUUAGCUGGACUUGAGGGUCUACCUGAGCAAGACAAGGCUCGAAUGACUGCUAUGAUUGAUCAUCUUCAAUUACGCGACAGUCUGAGGAUGUACAAUUCCCUUGUGGAGAGAUGCUUCAACGACUGUGUGGAAAACUUCACUCGGAAAAAUCUGCAGAAGCAAGAGGAGACCUGCGUCAUGCGAUGUGCUGAGAAGUUUCUGAAGCAUUCAAUGCGUGUUGGCGUGAGGUUUGCAGAGCUCAACUCACAAGCACCCACACAAGAAUAGAGUCCACCCAAAAACCAUAAACGGGGUUAAGACACCAUUUUGUUUAAUCGAGUUGAACCUGUUUUAGAUAGAACUAGGGUUGUUUUAUUGUUGUUUUCUGCAUUUUCCUCUUAUAGGGAAAGCCCAUGAGUUUGCGGAAGGAUAAAUGAUCUACAUUGUUUUCUGAAGAAGAAUCACAACAAAUUUAUGAUCUCUAGAAAUGAAUAAUUAAAUUGACUAAAAUA